UCCACCUCACCACAGACAUGCUCACCUGUCUCCUCUCCUUCCUCCCUCCCUCGCUCUCUCCCUUGGUCCUCCUCUGUCUUUUCACUGUCGUGGUGGUCAUCUUGUUCUGGCUCGUUCCUGAAACCAAACCCCCGGGUCGGGGCUCCAUCCCUUGCCUGCCACGGCUCCCCAUCCUGGGUAGCCUCCCCUGGCUCAGAGGACACCUCCCGCCUCAUCUCCUCUUUACGCAGCUGUCCCGCAGGUACGGGCCUCUGUUUGCGCUCUACUUCGGUCCGCACUACACUGUGGUCGUAAACACUCAUCAACACGCCAGAGAGGUCCUGCUGCAAAGAGGGAGGGACUUUGCUGGACGGCCGAGCAUGGUCACCACCAACCUGUUGACCAGAGGAGGCAAAGACAUUGCAUUUUCAGACUACUCUCCUCUCUGGAAGUUUCACCGCCGCCUCGUCCACAACUCUUUCACCGUGUUUGGAGAGGGAACCAGUCGACUGCAGGACAUCGUUCUGACUGCUGUAGAGAGUUUGUGUGCUGAGCUGUUGUCCAGUGAAAGGCAGGGGAUUGAUCCAUCUUCUGCAAUAACCAGAGCGGUCACGAAUGUCGUAUGCACACUAGUGUUCAGUGCCACCUAUCAACACAGUGACGCUGAGCUGCAGGAGGUGAUUCAAUACAACAAUGGCAUUGUGGAAACAAUUGCCAGGGGAGGACUGGUCGACAUCUAUCCCUGGUUGAAGGUGUUUCCUAACAAGUCUCUUAGCAAACUAAAGCAGUGUAUCACUGUCAGAGACCGACUACUGAGCCACAAACUGCAGGAACACAAGUUAUCACUAAGUGAUGGAGAGCCACGUGACCUCCUUGAUGCCUUGUUAAAGGGACGGACUGGUGGACAGGGUCAAAAGUCUUCUGGGUCAAAGGAUGAGGGGAUAACAGACGACCAUGUCCUGAUGACUGCAGCUGAGGUGUUUGGAGCCGGAGUGGAGACAACGUCCACCACACUGCUAUGGAUCCUGGCCUACCUGCUGCAUCACCCCGAGAUCCAGGAGCGCGUGCAGAAGGAGCUGGAUGAGCAUGUUGGUAGUGAGCGAAGUGUGAGCGUGUCAGACCGUGGUAAGCUGCCGUACCUGGACAGUGUCAUCAACGAGGGGAUGAGGAUCCGGCCAGUCAGUCCCGUGCUGAUCCCACACACUGCCAUGACCAACAGCAGCAUUGGAGGUCACGCUGUCAGUCAAGGCACACGUGUGUUGGUCAACAUGUGGUCAAUUCACCAUGACCCUCAACACUGGGAUAAACCUGAUUUGUUCAACCCAGAACGCUUUCUUGACAACCAGGGUGUGCGGGUCACACCGUCCUGUUUCUUACCAUUUGGGGCGGGACCUCGAGUCUGCGUUGGCGAAUCACUGGCCAGGCUUGAGCUCUUCCUUUUCUUGUCCUCUCUGCUCCAGCGAAUGAGUUUCAGGCAGCCACAUGGGGCUCCUCUGCCAAAUUUGCAGGGACGGCUGGGUGUGGUGUUGCAGCCAUUGCCUUUUAAAGUUGUUGUCAUUCCCAGGGCUGGAUGGGAGGAUGGAGUAAAAUGACAAUGAGUGGUGGGAUGGGGACGGGGGGGGCUGACAGUCAGGCUAGGUGGUAGGAAACAGAAACCUAAUUACUCGUUUUAUGUCAGGUCAUCAGAUGCCUAGCACUGGACUAUCUCAGAUUUGCCUGAAAAAUAUUUCAGGUCCCUACUGUGAUUAGUUUUCUCAAAAAGGCAGAAACAAAAGCUUCAAAUAAUGAAUGGGGUGUUUUUCUAGCAUUGUUUUUUCGAGGAUCGGUUUGUAUAAUUCCUUUAUCCAAUAUGAAAUUUUACAAAAUUCUAAGAAGUGAAUCUUCCCCCUAGAUUUUUUUUUUUCAGGUAAAACCAUCAUGGUGGGAAGGGUGAAUUAUGAGUGACCCAAAUGCAAAUUUUGGUAUGCUUAAAAAAAAUCUGUUUAAAAACCUGUUACUACAAAUAUAACUCAGAGCUAACCAUUGGCAUAACCAUUAAACUAACCCAUUAAACCAUUACACUGAAGUCAAAGUAUGAAACGUCUUUUUCAUAACAUCCAUCAUAUUUCCUUAAAUAAAGACACAGUUCACAGUUAUUUUAUUAAAGAAAUUUUGAUUAUAUCUUACCAAUAAAAAUGUUCCUAAUUAGUAUAAAAUUAAUGUAAAGAGAUAACGAGCAGUGCUGAUUCUUGUAGCCUAACAGGUAACAGGCUGUGACACUAUCAGCACUGUUUAGAGUGUUUUCAUAUCUGAGGCUCAUGUGAUGACUUGCAUGACAAUAGUGGGUCAAUAACCCUCAGGACCAACAAGGGAUUGACCACUAGGGGUUAAAUACCUGGGACUCCCUGUCAGUUGUUUUAGAACUGAAGAAGCCUCUUGGAUGAGAGACAAAACAUCUCCACAAAGUCCAGUUGCCUUCUUUUCAAGCAUUCAUACUCCCAUAGCCAGGCAUGUUCUGCAUUCUGGGAUGCAGCAGAGUAUCACAGAUAUGCAGAGUACAGUUGUGCCUGAACUACUGCCCAGAUAAAUAUAAAUGUUAUCCACUAGUCCAGAACACAGCUCCUUGUUCCUGUGUUUGCUGCUCCUGCUCCAAACAAAUCUGGCCAAUAAUCCAGCUCAGUCACACUAGAGUAAAAAGAGUACAGCAACCUCCUUGCAACUUCACUACAGCUUCAAGCUGCUAAUAAUAUAUUUAUAUUAUAAUUGCAAUUCAUGUGAAUCAACUAUAAUUAAACCUCAAAUGUUUGCUUUUUUUUUUUUUACAUUAGUAUUUAAUGAUCACUUAUGUACUU